AUGGAAAGUCCUGAAGAUAGAUUGGGUCAUCUAAUUGACUAUUGCAAAGAACCAUAUAAUGUUAGCGAGUUUUGUUUAGAACCGAUGUCAGUUGGAGGUGAGGCCACAUGUCAUCCCAAAUAUGGCUAUUAUAAAGAUCCAGUGACUGGCAAAACUACCAAGGUUGAUAUUUGCAAUCCGGCCGACAGAAAAUUAGCUCAUUUAUUACCAGAGCAACCCUGUGGCGACCCACGAGCCACGUGUCAGCACGAUUUCUUGGAUCCACAAAAAUACACAUGCACAUGUCCAAUUGGGUUUAAGGCAUCCACAACAACUUAUCCGUCGGACACCACAUGCUCUUCGCGGAAAUGCGAUUCACCGGCUCUUAACACGUGUGAACACAAGUGCGAGACCGACGACGAGGACGAGACGGGCGGCGAUCACAACACAUACGUCAGGGGCUAUAAGUGCCGGUGCGGAGACCCAUACGUAUCCGUAGGCGACACGUGUGUACUUAAAGCGGGAAAACCAUGUGUCAAAUGCUCGGGAAUUCAGAACUACACUUUGGGCGCCUAUUGUUUGGGAGGCAAACUGGACGCACCUGACGUUACCGGACGCCGGCAUUGUCUGUGCGACGCGCCAUACGUCACGACCGCCGACAAGACUGCGUGCGUAUUGCAGGGCGUGUGCGGACGGGGAGGCGUCGGACGGACCGAUUGCGACGCAAAGCGGGCCCUCUGUGUGUUGAAAGAGCCUAUGAGUGUUACGGAUCACCCGUAUGUGUGCGAGUGUCCGGACGGCACUAUACGGGCUGAGGCGAGUAAAGUGUGUCAACCCGUUUGCAUGUAUAAGAACCGUAACCUCGCGUGCGAUCGUAUUAACGCCGACUGCGACCCAAACAUAGCUUAU